UUGUGCUACAAACAAAAGUGAUUAAACGUUUCAAAGCCGCUUCGACCAAUAAAAGAAACUAUCUUUAGUGUUAAAAAAAUAAUUAAAAAUAAAUUUAAUUAUUAAUUUCUUCCAAAAAGUACUAGCGCAGUUAGUAUGGAAGAUGACGAUGCUGGGGUGCACCGCCUCGAAGGCUCAACUGGUACUAUUCGUGGUGGACUGGUAAUUAGGAAACCGAAAGAGGAGGGUAGCGAUAGCAAAUUUAAAGUGCCAAAGCCGUCCAUACUAGGAUUGGAUCGUUUAGCAGCGCAGCGCCGAAAAGAGCGUGAGGAAUCGCAACGCUUAAUAUCCUUCAAAGACAAUGAAAACGAUGAUGAUGAGGAGCAUAAAGGCUGCUUAUCAGCUACAUCUUCAGGUGGUGAGUUUGCAUUUAAAAAACCCGACGCCAGUAGCCUACAUAAGAUGAAUCGACAGUUGCGGGAAUCUAAAGUGGAGACACCAACGCAUACAGGUGGAGUGUCCGAAGAGGCUCGUGAACGAUUGCGUGAGCAUGUGAAACGAGAUCGAGACCGCAAUACCAAGAGCGGAAUGCGUUAUUCUACACGUGAACACAGUAAAAGUGAUUCCAGAGACCGUUCGUCAUCAAGUUCAUCCAAUCGCAGUCGAGAUCGGGAACGCCGGCGCGAUAGAGAAAGGCACAGCGACAGAGAUCGCGAUAGGAAUCGUGAUAAGGACGGCUAUAGGGAAAGAGAUCGCCGUGAACAUAGUAGAAAUGAUUCGGAACGAAAGAGUCGUGGUGAUGCAACAUCAUCUGUUCGUAGUGGCGAGCGGACACCUCGAUUUAGGGACGAACCACGAACACCAAUGGAUAUCUCUGUAAGUGGCAGUGCUUGGGACGAGGAUGACUCUGACCGUCCGUCGCAGUCCAAGAAAUCCUCUUGGGACUUUCCCACACCCAAAUCGUACGCUAGUUCAGAUCGACCCGAUUGGUCCACGAGAAGCGGCAGUAGCAGUGGUAUUGGUACAAGCAGUUCGCGAGGUCGGUCUCGUCACGAACGUGAAGAUGAUACCCCAAGGCCAACACCUGCUCACAACUAUAAUGCAUGGGCAAAUGAUCGCAAGCGUUCAGGUGCAACGCCAGCUACCGGACGCAGUAACCGCCAGCCGUGGGGUGAAAGCGAGGAAGACAGAGAUCUAUGGGAAGAAGAGCAGCGUCGUCUAGAUCGUGAAUGGUAUAAUAUUGAUGAAGGUUACGAUGAUGAAAACAAUCCUUUCUAUGGUGCUAAUGCAGAGUAUUUCCGUAAGCGUGAGGAAAUAAUCGAACAAAAGCGUACAAAGCGUAUUAGUGCACAACAGCGUCAAAUCAAUAAAGAUAAUGAGCUUUGGGAGCGUAAUCGUAUGCUUACAUCUGGCGUGGUCAUGUCCAUCAAUGUAAAUGAAGAUUUCGACGAAGAGGCGUUGGAGCGCGUGCAUUUGUUGGUGCAUCAUAUUAUUCCACCGUUCCUCGAUGGACGAAUUGUGUUCACUAAACAACCAGAACCGGUUAUACCGGUGAAAGAUCCCACCUCUGACAUGGCAUUGAUUGCGCGCAAGGGCAGCGGUCUGGUGCGUGUAUAUCGCGAGCAAAAAGAACGUCGAAAAGCACAAAAGAAACACUGGGAACUGGGUGGUACGAAAUUGGGUAACAUUAUGGGUAUUGAAAAGAAAGCUGAUGAAGAAGAUGCCAAAUUCGAUAAGGACACAGAUACAGCAGACUAUCGACGUGACCAAAAAUUCGCCGAGCAUAUGCGCGAUCAAGAUUCGGGUGGAAAAAGUGAUUUUGCGCGCAAAAAAACCAUCUCGGAACAGCGUCGAUUUUUACCCGUAUUCGCUGUGCGUCAAGAGCUCUUGAAUGUCAUAAGGGAGAAUUCGGUCGUUAUUAUUGUGGGUGAAACGGGUAGCGGGAAGACAACACAGUUAACACAAUAUUUGCAUGAAGAUGGAUAUAGCAAUUUUGGCAUGAUAGGUUGCACGCAACCUCGUCGUGUGGCAGCCAUGUCUGUGGCUAAACGUGUCUCCGAUGAAAUGGGCACCAAGCUGGGUGACGAAGUGGGCUAUGCUAUACGUUUUGAAGAUUGCACUUCCGAAAAGACCGUUAUCAAAUACAUGACCGAUGGUAUAUUAUUGCGAGAGAGUUUGCGUGAUCCUGAUUUGGAUGGUUAUUCGGCUGUCAUCAUGGACGAAGCACAUGAACGUUCCUUGUCUACAGAUGUCCUUUUCGGAUUGCUGCGGGAGAUUGUUGCUAGGCGCCAUGAUCUGAAGCUGAUCGUCACUUCAGCCACUAUGGACUCCACAAAGUUUGCGACAUUCUUCGGCAAUGUACCCACCUUCACAAUUCCUGGUCGUACUUUCCCAGUCGAUGUGAUGUUCAGUAAGAACACUUGCGAGGAUUACGUGGAAUCGGCGGUUAAACAGGCGCUACAAGUGCACCUCACACCCAACGAGGGCGACAUGUUAAUAUUUAUGCCCGGUCAAGAGGACAUCGAAGUAACAUGCGAAGUGUUGGCCGAACGCUUAGCAGAGAUCGACAAUGCACCCGAGUUGUCCAUAUUGCCCAUCUAUUCCCAAUUACCGUCCGAUUUGCAAGCGAAAAUAUUCCAAAGGUCACCAGAAGGUUUGCGCAAGUGCGUGGUGGCCACAAACAUCGCUGAGACUUCACUGACUGUUGAUGGUAUCAUAUACGUCAUCGAUUCGGGAUACUGUAAACUGAAAGUCUACAAUCCACGCAUCGGUAUGGAUGCUCUACAAAUCUAUCCUAUCUCGCAGGCGAACGCCAAUCAACGUUCGGGUCGUGCGGGUCGUACUGGUCCCGGACAGGCGUUUCGCCUGUAUACACAACGACAAUACAAAGAGGAUCUACUGGCGCUGACUGUGCCCGAGAUACAGCGUACUAACUUGGCGAAUACGGUGUUGCUGCUGAAGUCGCUGGGAGUGGUGGACCUGCUGCAAUUUCACUUUAUGGAUCCGCCACCUCAGGAUAAUAUACUUAACUCAUUGUAUCAGCUGUGGAUACUUGGCGCAUUGGAUCACACUGGUGCGCUGACACCACUCGGUCGGCAAAUGGCCGAAUUUCCACUCGAUCCGCCGCAAUGUCAAAUGCUGAUUGUCUCCUGCCAAAUGGAGUGCAGCGCCGAAGUGCUCAUCAUAGUAUCUAUGCUUUCCGUUCCCUCCAUUUUCUAUCGACCCAAAGGACGCGAAGAAGAGGCAGAUGGUGUACGUGAGAAAUUCCAAGUGCCGGAAUCGGAUCAUCUAACCUACCUCAAUGUAUACCUGCAAUGGAAGCAAAAUAAUUACAAUUCCAGUUGGUGCAAUGAGCAUUUCAUACACGUGAAGGCAAUGCGUAAGGUACGUGAAGUGCGUCAACAGCUCAAGGAUAUUAUGGUACAACAGAAACUCAAUGUAAAAUCUUGCGGCACCGAUUGGGAUAUUGUGCGCAAAUGCAUUUGCUCGGCGUAUUUCUAUCAGGCUGCACGCCUUAAAGGUAUCGGCGAGUAUGUGAACUUGCGUACGGGCAUGCCUUGUCAUCUGCAUCCCACAUCGGCGCUCUAUGGCCUUGGCACAACACCCGACUACGUUGUAUAUCAUGAACUUGUGAUGACUGCCAAGGAAUAUAUGCAAUGCGCAACCGCUGUCGAUGGCUAUUGGCUGGCAGAAUUGGGUCCUAUGUUCUUCUCUGUGAAAGAAACUGGGCGCAGUGGGCGCGAGAAGAAGAAGCAAGCGGCUGAGCAUUUAAAGGAAAUGGAAACACAAAUGCAGUUGGCGCAAGAACAGAUGGAGGAACGCAAAUUGCAGGCAGCACAACGCGAAGAGCAGAUGACACCGAAGCAGGAAAUUAUAACGCCCGGCGGUGCUACACCCAGGCGUACGCCUGCGCGCAUUGGCUUGUAAUUGCGGCAAGAUCAUUUCGACCUACAUUCGUAUGUACAUACUUAAGUGUGCUUGUAGCCUAAUUCAUGACUCUGUAUUUUUACCAGCAACUAAUGGAAAUAAAGUGGUUAACAGAAAAAUGUUAA